GUCCCAUUGUGCCCCUGUGAUCCGUUCUGAAGGUUGAUGUCUGACGGCGAGCUCCUGGUUGUGACUCUUGCAUGCCGUCGUCUCCCAUUGUUGUCCCUUGAAACAACCAGGGUAGCAACCAACAAUCGAGGCGAGCAUCCAAACCAAGAUUGAUCUUUCGUUGCAAUUGGCGAUUAAUCCGCAACUAUGUUCCAGCGACUUAAAGGCGCAAUUGAUCGCACCAUCGCCGAGGAGCAAGCGAGACAACAACGGGCUCUCGAGUCGCAAAGGCAGACACCGCCCCCGGGAAGCUCAGGGCCCAGGCGAUCGCGAUCAUCAAGUACCGCAGGGACUCACUCGCCUGCUCGACGACCCCGGCCGACGAAGAAAGCCAGCGAAGACCUCACGUCGAGGGAUGCGACCGCGAAUGGCGAUGGCUCGGCCAACCCGGAUCCCGCUGUCUUUGAGGUGGCUUUUGUGAUUGACGAUAACGACGACACAGCAGGUCCCUCGGGGGUAGCGACACCGUCGGCGGUGGACAAGGAUGCAGCAGCGAAUGAUCUAGGGAAGGGCACAGCACAGGCUCCUGCCGAUGCUCCCCUCAAGGGUGCCGCGAGCACCUCGCAAGCCGGUGACAAUGGAGACGUCAGCAAAGGCACCGCAGAGCAACAAGCGGCCAAGGCUCCGCCAACUGCCCCGCAUGUUGUCUCUGAGUUACCGCCAGAGGUGCGAGCUCGGCUACGGAAGCUCGAAAAGCUGGAGAAGACGUAUCCAGAGCUGCUGCGCUCCUACCGCAUUGCACAUGGCCGUGCAACAUCCAUAGAGCCGUUUGAGAAGGCGCUCAAAGAGAACACGCCGCUCACGUCCAUCAAGGAUCCGGAAGCACUAGUCGAGUACUUGAAUCAGAUCAACCUGAGAGGCGACAUGGUGAUGGAGGAGCUCAAACGCGUUACGGCCGAGAAGGAAGCCUUCAAAAAGAAGGCAAAUGAGGCCGAACAGGAGCUGACGACGUUAAAGGACGAACUCGCGGCUCUGAAAGCCGCGCAAUCCCAGACCUCGCCAAAGGGCCCAGGGCCUAGCGGGGAGUUGGAGGUCACUAACAGAGGAUACAAGUCACCAACGGGGAAGCCCGCAGAUAGCGGAGAGGGGGAGGACUUCUUCUCGUAUGACAGUGAAAUCCCACAGCUCCAAGGUGAACUGCAGAGCAAGACAGAGGAGGUCGAAAAGCUCCAGUCCGAAAUCAAGAAUCUAAGGGAUGAGCUCUCGCUCGCAAAGGAGCACAGCGCUAGUCUGGUCGAGAGCCUCGAGAAUGCCACGCGGGAACUCAGCGAGACUAGAGACGCCGUUGCUGUCAAGACGUCCUUCGAAACGCAGCUUGAGGCUAGAAAUGCAGAGAUUUCGAUGUUGACUGAACGCCUGAACGAGGCACAAUCUAAGCUCAAGGAUCUCGAGGCCCAGGUUGAGAAGGCGAAGGCUGACGCGGCUGAGGAGAUCAAGGAAAAGACAGCCCAGCUCACGACCUCCACCUCUCGAAAUAAAGAGCUGGAGACGGAGCUAGAGAAAGCUGGCCAGGCUGAGUCUUCCCUUGACGGCAAGAUCAAAGGCCUAGCCUCGGAGAUCGAGGCACUGAAGAAGGCCAAGGCGGAAGAUGAAUCAAAGAUCAAGGAGCUUACCGAACAGAUCCACGCAGCACCGCCACCCUCAGCUCCCUCUGCCGGCCCAGCAACAACCCUAGAGAAUAAUUCGCUCGCGCCUCCUGCAGCAGGUGGCGGCAAGAAGAAGAACAGGAAGAAGAAGAAGGGCGGGGCUUCUUCUGCUGCCGCUGCCGCCUCGGAACCCGCCCCAAGCGAGACGUCAACAGCAGCCGACCAAGUCCCUCCAUCGCCAGUGGAGGGCCCUGCAAUCGGAGAGCUGCAGGCCGAACUGGCCCGUCUCGAGGCGGAACUGGCCGAAAAGGACCAACGGAUCGAGAGGCUGUCGAAGCAACGCAAGACCGAAGAAGACUUGCGGGAAGAGAUCGAGAAUCUCCAGGAGAACCUGAUGACUAUCGGUCAAGACCAUGUAGAGGCCAAGGAGCGGAUCAAGGAGCUAGAGGCCGAGAAGAAAGCGCUACAGCAGCGCAUCGCAGAACUCGAAAAGGAGGUGGAAUCUUCCGCAUCAGUCGCCAAGGGCAAUGCCGAACUGCAAAGUGAGCAUGAUUCCCUGAAGCAGGAGUUCGACAACCUGAAGAUGAAGUCGUCGACUCUGCAAUCCGACUUAGCUGCAGCGCAGCAGCUAGCCCAGACUCGGUACAAAGAUCUCACGGAGCUACGAGAAGUCCUCCAGAAAGCCCAGCCCGAGCUGAAGAGCCUGCGGCAAGACUCGGCUGCACUGAAGACGACACGUGAAGAACUCGCUGCCAAGAACUCUGAACUACGCAACCUCGAGAAGCGCGAGAAGGAGCUCAAGAUGGAACUGACGCGGGCACAGCGCCUCGCCUCCGACCGUGAGAGUGAGAUCAAGGUCCUCCACGAGAAGGUCACGCAAGAAACAAACGCGCGGCUCCGUCUAGAAGACGAAAAGCGAAUCGCAGGCCGCGACCUCCGCCGCUCCGAGGCAGAGAAAAUCGAGAUAUCGGCAAGAGAGGAAAAGGCCACCCGCGAGCUACAACGCAUCCAGGAAGAGGCCGCCAGACUACGCCCGCGCAUCCGCGAGCUCGAGGACGAAGCCGCGCGGCUCAAGCGGGAGCAGGACGCGCUCCGCGAGGAAACGGAGCUCAAGACCAGCCAAUACACCAACGCGCAGAACCUGCUCACCAGCAUGCGCGACCAGACGGCCGAGCUCGGCAUCCAGCUCAAGGAGAGCCAGUCGCAGUGCGAGAGCCUGGACGAGGAACUCGCCGAAGCGCGCAAGAUGCUCGGCGAGCGCACGCGCGAGGCCGAGACGAUGCGCCGCCUGCUCGCCGACGUGGACGAGCGCGCCGACAGCAAGGUGCGCGAGAUGCGCGCCAAGAUGGACGCCGUCAUCGAGGAGCGCGACAGGCUCGAGGACGAGACCAGCGCGCUCGCCCGCCGCAGGGCCCGCGAGACGGAGGAGCUGCGCCAGAAGAUCCGCGAUCUGGAGCGCGAGGUCAAGGCCCUCGCGAGCGAGAAGGACGAGCUCGAGCACAAGGAGCGCGAGUGGCGGCGGAGGAGGGAGGAGCUGGAGGCGGACGAGGAACGCGCCGGGACCGAGGUGGCCGAGAUGCGGACGACCGUGUCGAACCUGAGGUCGACGCUGGAUGCGUCGGAGCAGCAGGUCCGGGACACGGAGCGGAAGAAUUCCGAGCUGCGCAGGGCGCUCGAUGAUUACCGGCUGCGCUAUGACAAGCUCGCCAAGGAGGCCAAGACGCUGCAGACCAAGUUGUCCUCGCCGGCCGUGGCAAGCUCCGGAAGGAGCUCGAUGGAGUCGACCCGGUCCGCCAGCACCAUCAACGGAUCCGCAGCCGGCAACAACCAGGACGCCAUGUACCUGAAGACGAUCCUGCUCCAGUUCUUGGAACAGAAGGACAACAGGCUUCGGGCGCAGCUGGUGCCGGUGCUGGGGAAGCUGCUCAAGUUCGACAAGUCGGACGAGCAGAAAUGGCUUGCUGCCAUCCAGCACAUCCAAAGCCGGUAGGCAAAUUGGCCUUUGCAUGGAUAAAACUCUAUACUAGGUAGUUAGUACUAGAGCGGGUUGGCUCGGAAGAUGCCACCGGUAUGGCAUUGUACGGUAUAUGAACAGGUCAUGACUCCAGGGCAUAGCCGUGAUCGGAGGACUGAGUUGGCUUUUGCGGCAUGUAAUGAAUAGAACAGCAUG